AUGUUCGAAUAUGAAACACCAACCGAGGAAGUCGAGCACGCCAAGCUUACCGCACCGGCUACUUCAAAGGACGAGAUAAAUCUGGAUCUUCUCUUUGGGGGAAGCGAGAACGUAGCACUUCGAGAAAAGAUUGAGGAAAAAGAGAAACACAGAGAUAUCCUGGUUCACAUGGUCAAGAGGCUUACUGAGACUUUGCCGCCAUCCAAAUCCAACGCUAAGGGUACUGGAGAAGAUGCGGGCGCAGAGAUAAACCCGGAUAACGUGAAUCACCUACACGACCUCCACAGUGCUAGUGCUCCAAGCUGUCUUCCAGAAAAUUCCGAUCAGUCUGAAUUCCUCAACCCACCAUCCACCCAGCACAUCGACUGGACACAGGGCCUCUACACUCCCAAGGAAGAACGAGAUGUCCUAGCCGCAAAGUUGCGCAUCGUGGAAAAGGAACGAGAGCACUACCUGCGCCAGUACAGAAGCCUCAUGUCGCACAAGCAUAGAGAACGCAGCAAGCAGUCCAGCGAUGGCGUGCAUGAGGGUAAAGUCAGCAAGGAAAAGGGAGACGUGAAGCUUAAGCGUCGUAAGCACAAGGAAAAGGAUAGGCUGGAUCGAGAGGUCACCGAUGCUUUUCUCAAGAGGCUGGAGUUUGAUCUGGUCAUCCGCGAGAAGUCGGAUGAUCAGGUCUGA